UUUUGUGUUUAAUCCUGUUUUACUGCAUUUAUCAGAUUAGUGUCAUGGAAAGUAUACAAGAAGAUUUUCAGGGAGCUGCAAAUGAAGAAAUGAAACCAAUUAAUCUACUGAAAUUGAUCACAGAAGCAAAAGCCAGGCUCGGACCUACCUUUACUUGGAAUAAAGAAUUGGAUGUGGUUUAUGAUGUACAGCGCUCCACAAUGAACCAUGUGCUGACUCCUGUGGAUCCGAUCGUGUACGAUGAGGUCAAUGUGAAUCUUGGACAGGGUUACAGUAACAAGACUGGAAAGUUCACAUGUCCCAAGUGUGGGCUGUAUUUUUUCUGUUACUCUUCAUUGCCAGGGAGGGGACUGCUGACAGAUGUGGCCCUGAUCAAGAACAAUAAGAUGGUCACUGUGAUCCAUAGCGUGCUUCCAAUAAACAGUUCCCAGCUCUCAAUCAAAACUGUGAUCCUGGAUCUCCACAAAGGAGACCAGGUAUGGGUCAAGCUGGUUUCUGGGAGUCUCUGGAGUCGGAAUGGAUCACUCAGCUUUCAGGGAUUUCUACUGACUCAUUCUGCUCAAUAAUGAUCGAGAAAGAUUGAGAUAAAUUCUUCUCUUCUGUGCUGGUGGGCCAGAGGCCUUUGCCACAAAUUGGUCAAUAUUUUCUGACUACCCAAUGAAUUAUCGUGCACAAGUGUAUGAUAACAGCUCACCUAUAGUAAGCUCACCUUCACCAAAGAGGAAAAUCUAACAUGUUUAUCUCUGGGAAUCAAUGUUGAUUUCAAGAUAGUUUAUGAAUUAACAAAUGCUUAAUAUCUGCUGCACAUUAUGCUCCAGGAAGCUAUCCUGUUAACAAAUAUCUCUUUAAAUAAGUGGCACGGACAGUAAGGGAGACACCAACAUACAGGGACGGAGAAAGAAGGUCAGAUAGAAUGAAGGAUGUAAGAAUGAAAGAACUAGAAGCAGGAGCAGCCAAUUCAGCCCUCAAGCCUGUUCUACCAUUUGACACAAUCAGGACUGAUCUAAUCUUGGCCUCAACUUUCCUGCCAACUCUCCAUAACCCUCCAACCCAUCACUAAUUAGCUAUCACUCUAUCACCUCCUUAAAUUUACUUAAUGUCCCAGCAUUCACCACAAUCUAGGGUAGUCAAUUCCACAGAUUCAUGACCGUUUCAUAGAAUUAAUUUCUCCUCGGUUUUAAAUCUGUUAAACUGGCUGAAGCAAACUCAGUUUUGAGAUGGUGGAGAUGCAGUUUCCACUGCAAGAAGUAUAUCACAGUGCAAAGCUUUGAGAGUAAGCUCAGUUUUCCAGGUAGGAACUAUACCAAUAGAGAAAGUUGUAGAAUUGACACCAUGGUGGUAAAACCUAUGAUUAAUCCACAUUUGCACCUGGUAUCAAAAUCUGUUAACAAGAAAGACACAUUUAAAUGUAAACAGCGGCUUUCACAUCCGGAAUUCUCACAUUUAAAGGGCCAGAUCAAAGAUUUGGUGUUUGCCGAAUGAUUCUCAUGCCUGUCUAUAUGGAUGUGACCAUCUAGAAUCAAUGCAAAUAGUUCUGUGCAUCAGAUUUUUCAAUAAAGCUUCUUUCAGCAUUGAAA